GGCACAAAGCCCACUAGGGUUCCUGAUGCACUAUAAAAGGCUCGAUUCUUCGCCUCCCCGCCCCCGCUUCGCACACCCGCACGCGCCGCCGCCGACGCAUCACUCAGCGAACCCUAGCCCUCCCCGGCGGCGGCUUCGAGCUCCUCCAGCCAUGACGUUCAAGCGGAGGAAUGGCGGGCGCAACAAGCACGGGCGUGGCCACGUCAAGUACAUCCGCUGCUCUAACUGCGCCAAGUGCUGCCCCAAGGAUAAGGCUAUCAAGCGGUUCUUGGUGAGGAACAUUGUUGAGCAGGCUGCUGUGAGAGAUGUGCAGGAGGCUUGUGUGCAUGAUGGAUAUGUUCUCCCCAAGCUGUACGCAAAGGUUCAUCACUGUGUCUCAUGCGCAAUCCAUGCACACAUUGUCCGUGUUCGCUCUCGUGAGAACAGGAGGAACCGUGAGCCUCCGCAGCGGUUCAGGCGCAGGGAUGACGGCCCGAGGCCAGGCCAAGGCGCACCCCGCCCAGGUGGUGGUGCCCCUCCGGCUGCUGCCCCUGCUGCUGCUCCUCGCACCUAAGUUGAGGAAUGUGUUUCAGGGCUUAGUUUUGUCACCGAUGGGUUUAUAGACUAUUCCUGUUUCGAGAAAGCAACAUUGCUGUAUCUGGUUAAUGUUAAUUUGUUGAGCACAAUAUUUUUGUCUCCUCGUACGGUCCAUGUCCAUUGUGUUUCUCUGUAUUACACUGAUAUAUUGCGAUAUCAUGCCUUCCGAUCAGUUUUCUCGCA